AUGGCGAGAACCAAGCAGACGGCACGGCGCAGUACUGGAGGAAAACCACCGAGGAAGCACAGGAAAGCAGAACAGGAAAUCGCGAGGAGACAAGCUGCGGUGAAGCAGGCCGAGACUAUGGACGUGGAGAGCGACGCUGAAAGCCAUUGUUCUUCCUUAUCAUCAGCAAAAUCUCUAGGCUCACCCCCACCACGCGAUGGACCUUCUGAGGAGCAGGAAGGCGAUGCUGUGACGGCAGCUCCAGAGGAUGAAGAAGAGGAUGCGACCAUCAAACACGAACCACGAAAUUCGCUUCCGGCACCUGCCGGCACGGUGACGCAUUCAGAGCGACCUCUUGAUGUUCCAACUUUUCCAGCUACCCGGAAAGUGGAUACUACUAGCACCGCUCAGGGCGAAGAAAUGGUCGAGCAUGAGGAUGGGGAUGAGGUCGAGGAGCUGGGCUACUUCAUGUCGAACAUAUUCGCAUUUAGGGUGCCCGCAGCCCCGCGGGACGAAAUUGGAAACUGGCUCCCUGUGAGCUUAUACCAUUGCAUAGGAGCACGUUCCUGUGACGUCUACGAUUCGAACAUGAUCAAGUUUGGCUGGUUGAGCAUACCCAACUCCAGCGCUCUCUGGCAGCUGCUAGUAGAUACACACAGCACCAAGUUUAGACACAACUUGGAACUCGCUGCCCGCGGGAGCUAUGGGAUUGAGCAGAUUGGAGACAUGUCGACGCGAGAUUUGAAAGCUAAAAUAACGGUCUUCGCUGCCAAGCGAGCAGCAGGUCAUGUGCUCGCCGAGCUCGAAACGCAAGGCGUGCAGAUCAGACGAGCAGGGGAUGGCGAUGUGAUUGUGAGGAGCGGGCCAGAUCUCGAUGAGUUUGAUGCAGAGACAGUGGCCCAAAAGGCAACCUCCCGUCUCACACAAGAAGACGAGUUUGAACCGACGCAUUCUCCAAAAUCGAAGGCUACGACUGACCAAGUUGAGCCCAUGGUCACAGAGUCACAACCAAGUGAGCAGCGAAGGGAUGGCGAGCCCGUGAAGAUUCUCUCAACCUCACCCCCUCUACAAGCAUCAGAGACGACAAAAGGGCUAUCUGCCACCGAUCCUAUUGGGGACCGUGCCGUGCAGCAUGGUUCACAUACCGCCACUAUCAGAUCCGCAGAGGAUGAUAUCGAUCCACAGGGUGCAGCUGUCAUCGGAACUUCCACAUCGACCAUGAGUCUAGAGGAGGCGAGUUCUGCCCCAGCAGAAGCGUCUGAAGCUCACCAAGAAGAAGUUCCUGCCAUGGCAACUCCUGUAGAAACUCGAGAAGAGAGAUCACCUGCUCAAGCGACCGCUGAAGGAGUCCAGCAAACUACUCUGCCUGCCCCUCCGAUUAUUAUGGAAGUUCAACAGGAGGCUUCUCUCGAACAAAUGCUCCCAGCAGAGAAUAGAGAAAACGCUGCUGUAAAUGGAGAAGCUCUUCCAAGUGAAGUGGAUGCUUCGAAACAUCAACAGAACAUCCCACCUCCACAAAGCACACCAGCCAUCGAGCAAGAGGAAAUGUCAAGCAUGAUACCUCCCGCAACUCCGUACGAUGAAGAAGAUGUCGAUGAUUUCUUAUCAUUCACACACACCAAAUCAAAAGAAGUGGCUCUGCAGUAUCUCAUUGCCGGAGGAUCCUUGUCAAAGGCACUGAGGAACUUCCGCAAGGAUCAAGUGGCUCAUAAGCCUACUGAACAGGCUUCUCAGUCCCUCCAGGACGAAGCGAAGCCGUGCACUCUUAUCGACGAAGCUCUUGAUGCAUACGCCACCAUGCCUGCACCUACGAACAGGGGACGUCAGGACGAAGGCAAUACUCUUGUCGUCCUGGACGGCGUGAAUCUGGGCAGGAACUGUCGUAUCAACUUCACUGAUCUCUAUGCGGCUAUGCCAAUCGCCGAGGCGAGAUUGACUGCUACAGAUGAUGGUUCACUUGAGGUUCGGGGAGUGCGUCACUUGUACUUCCUACUGAAGCCGAUCAAUGGAGAGAUGCCUAAAUUAGAGCGCAUCCGUCUCUCCACGACGAUGGAGGACUGCAGAGACAUGAUCUUCACACUUCCUACCGCCUCAGAUGAUAUGGAGUCUGCGGGAAGAUCAGCGUCAGGAGACUAG